AUUUCAAGAUACACAAUCAACUCUCAAGGUUGCGUUCCAAAAUUCAACUUUGUCAACUCGAGUAUUACUUUAUCCUUGUCGAUCACCGAAUAUUGAAUAAAGAUAAAAGAUACUCGAAAUUGACAUAGUCAAGUUUUGGAACGCACCCCAGGAAUGAUUGAUGGAUUAAACGUAGUUGCUAGGAAACUCGAUGUUCAUAAUAAAUUAACAAAUAUGUUACUCAAGAAGUCGUUUAACUAAUACUCCUAAAUUUAUACAAUUUUUAAAUUUGAUGUAUACCAAUAUCAUGUAAGUUGAAAUACAAAUGUAGAAAAAAGAAAAAAAAGAAAAAACCUAAUUAGAAGAAAAAUUGUCAAUAUUGAGCGUUAUAAGGAAUUUACAAAAGAAAAUGCCUUGCGAUGGUAAAAACCCAAAUUGUGAUAGAAGACGCAAUUUACUAGCGCAAUUAAAAUGUUUAAUCAGUUCAAUGGAUAGGAAGAAACCAUGUGAAUGGGAUGAGCCAUCUUGUCCACCAAUAGUAUAUUGCCCUACAAAUUUAUGUACUCCACCUUACUGUUUGACAGAUUUAGGUGACAUGGACACUGCCCUUAGAAAAUUCUACUGUGCAGACCAAGCUAGAGAGUCAGCUCUAGCUGCAUAUUGUAGAUUAGCUUGUGACAAAGCUUAUCAAAAAGAAAAUCUAUUGUGUGAUAAAAAUAAUUGCGAGAAUGAUGAAGCUUCUCCAAUGUCCGAUACAAGUUGCAAUCAACAAGUUGUAUCAAAUCCAUAUCAAUUUUGUGUACCAUCACCAUAUAUAGUAAAAUCUUGCGAUAUAUGCUGUAUACCUUACAAUUAGAAAAAUCUCUUCCAUGUAAUGCACUCUACUAACGUAUUUAUAUACCUACUUGCUUAUAAGAGGCCUGUUCUUUUUGACUGAAUUUUUACAUCAUCUUUCUUUUUCUUCUUUUUUUUCCUUCUAGAGAGAAAAGAAAGAAAAAUGAACUAGUGCAAAAGCUCUUAGCUAAAAAGAAAAGCCUUUUGUAUGUUUUAUUGGGUGCAUUUAGAUGCAUUCAGAACUACAAUAAUGGGUGGUAUUCAUAAUCGGAUCUUAUAUUAAAACCUUAAUUUAAGAUCUUAAGUACAGUCUU